AUCCGGUCAAUGGCGGCAACUUGAAGAAACAUUAAUGUUUAGAAGUCGAAACUUACAAAAAAAUACAGUGUAAAACCGAAACAAGUGACUAAUUAAAUUUGAGAAGUGUUGAAUAUUCGUUUUCGAAGUUUGCAGUUUCUUUAAAAUUGUCAUUAUGUAGGCCAAAGAAACGCGGCGUGCACCCGUAAACUGUAGCGUUGAGACGUGCUGAAGUGGGAAUUCAAAUAUUUGAUACAGGACCAAAACAAUUCUAAAACCCAAAGUAGAAGAGAAAAUGUCUCGUGCUGCUGUGUCGAAAUCCCGUGCUGAGAAGGGGAAACCCCCAGCAUCUCAGACACCAGUUAUUACACAGGAAAUUGUUCCUGGUAAAUUUAACGAUAAUGAUUGGAAUGUUAUGUUAGAGAGAGAAUCAUCAGAAGAGUUUGUGUUAGAAAUAGUUGAUGAAUUGGUCGGAAGGACAAUGGACACAAUUUAUGGCCGUUAUAUAGAACGACAGAUAUUACCAUUUACUAUAACACAAGCUAAAGAUGCAAUAUUACAAAUAAUAGAGUGGCAGUUUCUGAUGAGAGAUGAAGGAGAAGUAUCGCUAGAAACUCAAGCUGGUUGGCAACAAGAUGAAGAACCUGAUCCAGCUGUGACUGAUUGUUGGGCCCAAGGUUCCGUACCAAAACGAUUUGUUCAAACAGUGAUCACUCCGAUACCAGAAGAAGAAGAAGUUGUGGUAGAAAUCAAACCAGAAGAAGAACCAUCACAGAAAGUUGAAGAAAUUCUGGCUGAAGAUUUACCUGAAUUAGAAGAUAAAGUUUCAGAUAGUGAAGAAGAACAUGUUGAUGUUGAAUCCUCCAUUGCUAGAACAGAAACUGAUACAAAAUCAACACAGCCAAUCAAAAAGAAAGCGAAAUAUCGUCCACAUCGUGGUCCGUUACGAUCUGCUGGACUUAGUCGUAUGACAGAAUCUUUAGAAGAAACAGAGAUGAAAUUGUUAACAAAAGAGAUAAUGAAGACGUUUGUUGGUGAAGAUAGUCAGAGAGGUAGUGGAAUAAUCACGAUGCCCAUGUCAUGUCAUUCUAUCGUAAAGGCACAAGCUGGUCGUCCACCAGGUAAUAAAGAUGUUGUUUACGAUGAUUUAGGAAAUGUUAUUUCUGUAGUUCGAAUAGAUCCUGAUAAACUACCACAGCACAAGGUUCGUGUUGGAUACAAAAUCGUCGAUCCAACAGUUGAAGCUGCCCAGGCAAGAUUAGAAGCCAUGAGACAUGGUCGUUAUGUCUCCGCAACUAAAAUAGUUACCAAGACAACCAGUAACAAACAAAGUAAUCUUGAUACCUCAUCUCCAGUGAAUAAAAGUAAUAAACCCCAGGCUACAAUCACACCAUUACCACCUCCACUGAUUGAUUCUAUAGAUGUAUCGUCAGGAGUAACGGUAAAAGAAGCUGGUAAAAUAAGAAAAGGUCCAGGAAGGUUAAUAAGAAGAAUAGACUUAAUAAGUGAUAACGAUGGAUUACGACCGAUUGCUACCAAAGUUUCUGGUCAAGCUAUAACAGUUGCUGAUAUUCUCGACAGACACACUCCAAUCCUGCGUCAAAUAAGGGAUACACCACCCCUUCCUCCUAUAAUGUCUCACCCACCUGUACAGUAAUUCAUUGAAUGUUGUUUUUUUGUUUUUAAUAUUUAAAUAUUAUAUCAAUAGGAGAACUCAUGUAUGGAACAAUUGAUCGAACAUUUUAUUGAUCAAUUCUUUAUACAUUUUUAUCAAGAUAUUUCUGAGUGUCAAAACUUGAAAUGAUUAAAUGGAGAAACGACAACAAGUAUAUCUUAAAAUACAAAUGAUGUAAUUGUUGUUGCUUGGUGUUCUGACGUCUGCUGCCACAGGCACGAGUAAUAGCACAAACAGUAUAAAUGGUGAGAAUAUGCGAUAUUUUCUAGCCAUAUCAUCAAUUCGAAGGUCCUAGCAAAUCAAGCAUUAAAAUUUUCAAGGGUCUCGUCUCUGCCCUUGGCCCACAGAGCAGAAUUUUGUAUCCUUAUCUGAAGAUAAUGAUAACUGAGUUUUGUAUAAUUUAUCAACCAAUCGGAUUAAAAUACAGAUCUGACCUGUUGUAGUGGAAGGUCGUGUUUGGGGUCAUACGAGCAGCUUUUGAACUAAUGAUGUCAGACAUUUGAUUAGCCAAUCAGUGUUGAUGUUUCUAGUGAAAUACCCACAGUUCCAUGCACAGCACGUUAAGAACUUGCCGUAACAGACCGUUUCAUUGGCUAGUCCAUCACUUCAAUCAAAACAUGAGUUACAUAAUAAUUCCUCCAGAUCCUAGUGUGGUAAAGACAAGUAAAACGAAGUUUUGAACAAAAAACAACGUAACGAAAUAGGAUCUGUGUUUUAACCAGAUUGUUUAUCAACAUGAUCUAAACAGCAUUUCAACUGAGCAGCAUUAGGAACAACUUGGUGUCCAAAAUUCCAGUCCAUAAUUUGCCAUUCCCCUUCUUAGCCUGAGUUACAGGUGUUGUAAGUUUCUUUUCCUACAAAUGUAUACAUAUUUCAUAUACUUAAUUAAUUCAUAUACCCAAAUAUUUAAACUCCAUAUCUUAUACAUCUAGAUUUUAAAUGAAAUGAAAUGAAAUGAAAUGGGGGUUUAACGUCCUACUGUUCUGCCCCAAGUAGAUUUUAAAACAGUUGAUGUCAUUUGAUGGACAAUGAAUCCCUACUAAAUGACAAGACUGUGACAGCUGAAACUGUAAAAGGAAUGUCAAUCCAAAAAUCAAUCAAUUCCGUUCAAUUUUAGUAAAUUUUAACCUUGAUGAAGCCAUGAAAAAUUAGAUUAGAAUCAGCUACAUUAAUAAUUAAUCAACAUUUGGUCAAUUUUAUAUUCUGUUAAAUUGUCUGAUAAUGCAUACUACUGUAUAAAGAGUAUGAAUCAGCCAUUCCAUUUCGCUCAUACAUGUCGAACAUGUCCGUCUGAAUUGACAAAAGUCUGAUGGGAAAUAUGACCAGUCGGACAUCGAGAUAUCGUAAAUCAAACCCAACAUUCCUAAAUAUUAGUUUAAACAAUAUUUUAUUCAGGAGAACAUUAGUAUUUACAAUUUAUCAAGUGAAUUUAACAAGCAAAACUGCUUAUAUAAAACUGUUUCCUAAAUAUUGACUGUACUGAGAGCUAAUAUUAGGUGAGAUAAAAAUUGACUUCCAUAAUAAAGUGAAACUGAUUGUUUUUAUCUCGUGGUAUUUUAUAUACAGGGUGAUUUAGUUAAUGUAUAGAAUUGUUAUUGUAAAUUAUUUGAUUAAAUUUAUUAUUAUUUAUAUGUUAUGUCUUACAUCAUUUCCUCCAUAAAUAUAUAUUUUUAAAUCUGUA